CAACCAAAUUCCAAACAGCCAUUUAAAAAUUGUAGAAAUCAACAACCUCAAAUGACGUGUUCGUGAUAUGCGCCCCGAUAUCACAGUGUUUGUGUUUGUUUGUCGUGCUCGUUAUCUUUUGUUUUUGUUAACCUAAAUCCGCGAUGAAUCCGAGCAGGCGGAGGAAAAAGCGCCCCAACUACGGCAUAAGGACUGUCGAAGUGAUGCGAGGCCCUAACGGAUUCGGUUUCACUAUUUCUGGUCAACAGCCGUGCAUUUUGUCUUGCAUCGUGAAUAAUUCGCCAGCCGACCAGGCGGGAUUAAGGGCAGGAGACUUCCUGAUUUCGGUAAACGGCGCGUCUGUCUCCAAAAUAGCCCACGACGCUGUUGUCAAUCUUAUUGGCCAAUGCAUAGGCCCUAUAAAAAUGACUAUCGCAGAAAACUAUUACUCUGACAGCAGUGACGAGGAGCUAGAUUGUGGUAGAAUGAUAAACAGCAGAAAACCUAAAUAUAUGUAUAAACCUAGAUCGCAUAGAACAUAUAAAAGUGACACUCGAAGAGCUGUGGAACCAAUUAACCUAAACAAACUAUGCAUUCCAGGGCCUAAUAUUUACAAUGAAGAACCGCAACAUGAAAACCUUAAUAAUUCAAAUCCCGUGCCUAUGGAAGAUGAAGCAGGCCCUAUUGAAUAUAAAGCCCUUGUAGGUUAUUUAGGAACAAUCGAAAUGCCAAAACAACUGCUACCAAACUCCAGACUACAAACGGUGUGCAGUUGCAUUCGUAAGUUAAGGCAAGAAAAACGCACCCCCACAGCAGUAUUAAUGACUAUAUUACCGACUUGUUUAACUUUAAAAAACUCUUCAAAUAACAUUUUGGCUAUUUAUCCUACCAAUCGAGUGGUGUAUGUUGGUUCGACAACAGAUAGAGAGUCUCGUUAUUUUGGCUUGGUAACCAGUGCUGUUUGUGACACAAGAAACAAUGAUAGUUUGCAGAAGAGAUAUGGAGAAGUAAAUUUGUGGCAAAAUGAUGAGAAAAAGAUAACAGUGGAAGCUUCAAACAGCUGCCACGUAUUCGUAACCGACCCCAAAAUAGUGGACCACACCGUUCACGUAAAAAAAGCGGAAAACUUCAACAUCAACUGCACCACCGACUUGAUCACGGGCAACUGCUUGGAGUUCCCCAGGAACGCCCUCUACAUAGUGAGCCUGGUGCAAAACAUGUACAAACUGCAAAACAACGAUCACGUGCGCAACAAGCACGACGACCCGAAUCUGGGCCCCUUGGUGGCCAACUCGCCCCAACCCAGCGCCUCUAGCAACUCGGACUCCGGGAUCGGGUUUCGGGACGAUUGCGGGAACAUAAGCGACAGAAUUUUGGUGGUGGAGUUCCCGUUGCAUCGAGUUUUGCCCGUUUUGAAUAACAACAACAACAAUAACAGACCUGUGGGGAUAGACGCGUCGAAUUUGUCUCUGGAAGGGUUGGAUGUUCCUUUGAACAACGACCAGGGUCAGAACUACGAGAGGUGCCACAACAAUCUGGUGUUGGAGCACCCGAAUAAUUUGUCCAAAGCCGGCGGUAGCAAUGAUAAAAACAACGAUAUGAAACAGUUGAACAAUUUGAACAACAUUAGGGCCUGCGAGGGCAACAUAAAGAACAUCAUAGAGAAAUCCGAUUCCUUCACUAAAAACGACUAUUUCCUCAAGCAAAAUAACGAUGAGGAAGUUCAAUACAACACGGAUUUUAGCCGGUUAAACUGCAGAGCUCUACCGGAUGGUUCGAAAAAAUCUCGUUGUCAGUCGCCUCUAAGUAUUGUAAGUUCGGAUGACAACACUAGAACUGCCGAUAUGACUUACAACGAACGUUCUGUAGACGUCGAAGGAACUCCGGUGAAAAAAUCCUGCGAAAGCGUUUCUCUGCACUCAGAAUGCGACUUUAAAAGUUCCAUGGACAACAUAUCCGUGCACAGCUCCAAAAGCUUCGAGUUCGGGAAUCUGGUGCACGUUUUCAAAACCCCUUCGACCAAGUUCUUCGAGAGGAAGGCCAAAAGGCAGCUGAAGAUAAGCAGCGUGGACGGCCUGGACAAGUACAACGAGAACGUCAUGAACUACAAGUUGAGUCCCAAAGUGUACGGCGUGGCGAAACCGAAUUUUUCGUGCGAAGAGCUCAACAACUUGGAUACGGUCGAGCGGUUCGGUUACGGUAGCUUGCAGGAAAUUUGUUGGAGCGAAAAUAGGAGGAACAUCGCUCAGAGCGAACCUGACGUCAGGUCUCCAAGAUCUGGAAACAAUUCGGUAAGUUUGUUUACUGCGGAAAAUAUCAAACUUCUAACACUGCAUGGCGUUGCUUUUGGUGGAGGGUUAGCUAGCAUUACCCAGAGAACCAUAUCAGGUCAAAACUUUUGCCAAUAA